AUGGCGGGCAUUUUCAUGGUUGCCCUACUUUUCUAUCUUCUUCCCGAGUUUUCUUGUCUAUCUCAAGAUGAUAGCUCCUAUGGCCUCUCUUAUAGUGGAGGCAAGAUCAUGACACAACCAGUCACUGUUUCUCUUCUGUGGUUUGGUCCUCAAUGGCAAGAAUCUGAUAAAGCAAUCAUAAGAAAUGCCAUUAAUUCUUUGACUUCCUCCAAAUACUCGCCAGUUCAGAAGUAUGAAGUGCCAACACUAGGAAACUGGUGGGAUAUAGUCAGGCAGUACAGAGACAAGUCCAACUCUCCGGUCACGGACUCUUUGAGUGUGGGCCCUGAAUGCUCUUACACGGGCUUUUAUCAGAACAUGACACGAGAACGGGUGAUCGAGAUCGGAAGGACAGUUUUUGAUGGCACUGCCAUUGAUGGGUCUAACGGGAGUUUGAGUUGCACUCAUGCCUUUGAAGCAAGUGAGAACAGCGUUUACCUUGCACUCUUCUCUGAUCAUGUGAUCUUCGUUGAGGGAAAUGAUCUGGAAGAUUUCAUUGAUCCGUGCAGCGGCCAUUUACCGGUCAACAUCUCUGCAACAGAGGUGAUUACUAUUGCCUGGGCUAGGGCCCCAGUCCGAGAAGUCGACCAGUGCUCAGACCUCCUAAAAGGAAGUUCCUCCUACCGAGGCCCACCAAACGGAAAUGAGAAGGUGGACAGCAUGGUCGGAUACAUGCUGGCAAGAAUAGCAGAUCAAGUUACUAAUGGAGAUGGGAGAGGAUGGAUAAGCAGUGGUGGGAAUGGGAACACGAAGACGAUUAGCAGUCUGUGCACUUCUCAAUAUGAGGGAAGACAGAGUCAUCCUCCUUUAUAUAUUGAUGCAGAGAGAAAUGUCAGUUUUAAUGCGAUUGGUCUAAAUGACCAAAGAUAUCUUCUUCAGUAUCUUUGGGACCAGAACAUCAGGAAUUGUGCACUGAAACCCACAGGUAAUGCAAAUAAUAAAGUGUAG